AUGGCCGUCCCAGCCAAGAAGAGGAAGAUGAACUUCUCUGAGCGGGAGGUGGAGAUCAUCGUGGAGGAGCUGGAGCUGAAGAAGCACCUGCUGGUGAACCACUUCAACGCCGGGGUCCCUCUGGCCGCCAAGAGUGCCGCUUGGCACGGAAUCCUGAGGAGGGUCAACGCUGUGGCCACCUGCCGAAGGGAGCUGCCCGAGGUCAAGAAGAAGUGGUCUGAUCUCAAGACCGAGGUCCGUCGCAAGGUUGCCCAGGUCCGGGCAGCUGUGGAAGGUGGCGAGGCCCCUGGGCCCACUGAGGAGGAUGGAGCUGGUGGGCCUGGGACAGGUGGUGGCAGUGGUGGUGCUGGCCCAACUGUAGCCCCUGUACUGCUAUCCCCCAUGCAGCAACGCAUCUGCAACCUGCUGGGCGAGGCCACCAUCAUCAGCCUGCCCACUACUACAGAGAUCCACCCUGUGGCCCUCGGACCCACGGCCACUGCAGCCGCAGCCACGGUCACCCUGACACAGAUCCCCACUGAAACCACCUAUCACACUCUGGAGGAGGGAGUGGUAGAGUAUUGCACAGCCGAAGCUCCCCCACCCCUGCCAGCCGAGGCCCCCGUGGAGAUGAUGACCCAGCACGCAGACACGUCAGUCAAGCCACAAGCACUCAAGAGCCGUAUCGCCCUCAACUCAGCCAAGCUGAUCCAAGAGCAGCGGGUCACCAAUCUACACGUGAAGGAGAUCGCCCAGCAUCUGGAACAGCAGAAUGACCUCCUACAGAUGAUCCGCCGCUCCCAAGAGGUGCAAGCCUGUGCCCAGGAGCGCCAGGCCCAGGCCAUGGAGGGCACCCAGGCAGCUCUGAGCGUCCUCAUACAGGUCCUUCGGCCCAUGAUAAAAGAUUUCCGCCGCUAUCUGCAGAGCAACACACCAAACCCUGCUCCAGCCUCUGACCCUGGACAGGUGGCCCAGAAUGGCCAGCCAGACAGCAUUAUCCAAUGA